CCCUCCCUCCUCCCCAAAAUGCAACUGGACCGAGCCAUUAUGGUGAGAAUACUUUGAUCUCUCAAGUCCUCAAAUGCAAAGCGCUGUGUAUUGAAUAAUGCAGAUGUUCACUUGCGUGCCCAAAUAAAAGUAGACAUACAUCAGAAUCCUCUGGUAUACUUCACUAGCGAGCUAGAGAAAGAAACAUGUCACAGCAGCAAGUGAAGCAAGACUUCAUAAGCAACCUGAAUGGAACUACCUUGCUGGAGAUCUCCAUCGGCUUGCCCCUCGCCCCCUUAUGUCUUCUGUCCAGGGGGCUUCUGUUGACCUUGUACUUCCUCAUUGGUAAAAACCCUUUGUGCUCCAGAAGUGGCCUUUUUCUUUUAGACUUUACUGUUUUAGUCGUCCCUCCCGUGCUCUCUUGCACAGUCUUAUCUCCCGUCCUGUCUUGGGUGAUAAUUUCCAUCAUUGCGUUUUGUGCAGGACUGGUUUCUGUCAUAUACAGGAGGAGAACGAAUUAUGUCAAAGUUCCCCUGAAUCAAAUUCUAAGCGAUUUUUCGAGGACAAGUUUGGAAACGGUGCACAUUCCUUCGAUAACAGCAUUCCGAGUGUUUGUCAAUGUGCUGACCUCCAUCAGCAUCCUGGCUGUGGAUUUUCCUCAAUACCCCCGAAGGUAUGCCAAAACGGAGACCUACGGAACAGGAGUGAUGGAUUUCGGAGUCGGCUCUUUUGUUUUCGGCAAUGCUGUGGUUUGUCCUGAAGUCCGUUUGAAACCUGGUAUGGUACGAAGCAAAUUCUUUUAUCUGGCAAAGCAGUUCUUUAGCGUAUGGCCUCUUCUCGUGCUCGGCUUUGGACGACUCAUGAGCGUGAAGGCAGUGGAGUACUACGAACAUGUCACCGAAUAUGGUGUGCACUGGAACUUCUUCUUCACACUGGCUGCUGUUCGAAUGGCCGCAUCACUACUUUUGACUCUCUUCCUUCCUCACAAUGCGUGGGUUGUUGCAGUGACACUAGCUGUAGUGUAUGAAUGCCUUCUCGACAUGCUGCCUCUGAAAACAUUCAUCUUGCAUGGGAGCGAUGGUAAAGAUUCAAGGGACGGGUUUCUGAAUGCCAACAGAGAAGGCAUCUUUUCUGUCAUUGGCUACCUUGCCAUCUACAUGGCUAGUGUGCAGGUCGGUUUAUACUUAAUAAAAAAGAGAAACACAGUUAAGGAGUGGCUCGGAGUCAUCCAAUCCUUUCUCUUGGCUGUUUUCUUCCUCUUUAUAUGUCUGCACGUAACUCAAACCAACGUCGAGGCUGUAUCCCGGCGGAUGGCAAACCUCUCUUUUUGUAUCUGGAUGGUUGCUCACUGUUUGUCACUCUUCAGUUGUUUCUUAGCCACUGACCUCAUUCUGGUGUUUGUCAAACUUCUAGUGGAUGGGGCCCAUAUUCCUUGUAGUUGGCAUUUUGUGCAGCCAACGAGUAAGAAACAAGAUUUGCAACCUCAGGACAGAAAACAGAUACCUCAAAGUGGGUGUAUGAUCAGUGCCGUUAACAAAAACCAGCUCCUGUAUUUCGUACUGGCAAACAUUUUCACUGGCCUUGUGAAUAUGGCAGUUGACACCGUUCACUGCAACGGUCCCUCUGCCAUGUUCAUUUUGCACCUGUAUAUGUUUACAAACUGUUUAAUUAUGCAUAUAUUGCAAGCACAAAAUAUAAUAUUGAAGUGGUGGUAAUGUUACUGAGGUUGUAUCGUAAAAAAGACUGAUUUUAAAGAACACAAAAGCUCACUAAUUUUCCUGAUCUUCUGCAUGCAAGACUAGAAUCUCUCUGUAUUGGGUUAUUUGGAGAUCUUGUACUGUAUGGCCCACUAAGCUGACCUGCAACCAUCCCACUAUUCUUUCUCCAGCUGAAAUCGCUCUUACCUUUAAAGCAAAUAAUUGAUUCUUAUUGGAUGAUGGGAAGAACUACAGCAUGAAUGGGGGAAUAUGCAGGUGACACAGAUGUUGUGUUGCCUUUUUUAACAGCCAGUGGUGAGAGAUAAUGGCAGUUGUGUUCCAAUACCUUCCAGAGGGUCCCAUGUUCUCCCUCCCAGGGCUAAAGUCUGGAACACUGAAACAAUGGGAAGCAUUGAAUCCUGGAUAGUGACUCUAAUUUUAGGGUGUUUGCCUCUGUUUCAAUGAGGUUGCUAAAUAGAAGACUGUUUACUCUAUGGCUUCUUUCCAACUUUAUGGGAAAAUGAAAAUAAUAUUCUUAGAGCUGGAAGGGACCCUAUGGAUCAUCGAGUCCAGCCCUCGUCACAGUGAGAACUUGAACUCCCAACCUCUGGCUCCACAGCCAGAGACCUAAACCACUGAACUAUAAAUGCCUGAAAUUUAGUGCUUAAGAUUAUUGCAUGCGUGAUCGCACUUUUCUCUAUUAAUGUCUCAGGAGGGAAGAAAGAUGGUAUACUGCUGAUCUAGUGAACUCAAACAAGAUGGUCAUUUGUCAGUUAAUUGUGUCCAAGCCUGAAAGGAAAUAAAUUAUUGUGUUUUUUCAAAAUAUUUUUGCAACUCUUCAGUGUAUGGGCACUGACUUGUCAUUAUUUGUUACCAUGUAUUUGUUUUCCUAAACCUUC